CAUUUCCCACAUAGUGAUUACUUCAUUAAUUGUCCCGCCUUUAUCUCCUCCCUUCCCAUCCCCCCUAAUAAUCAGCUCCUUUAUCCAGACCAACAAACACACCAUAGGAGCUUUGUGGAUUCAAAGGAUUUGCUUUCCCCUCUCAAAGAGCCGCUAUUCUUUGAUGAUUGGGCAGCGGCAAACUUCAAAGUAAUAAAUCUUAUUUCUGACUGGCUGGCGGCCCACCAAAGUCCUUAUCAAAUUCUAAGAAGUGAUCCCUCACUCUUCAGAUAGUCCAAGGAUAUCUCCGGGAGAGGAGGCACGGAGCGUGAACACCCGCACUCCAGCUGCACAUAUUUGUUUUGAAUUAGCGCUUAUUAUUAUUAUUAUUUUUAUUUUGCGUCAGGAAGAAGAAGCAGGAGGAGGAGGUUCGUCAUGGCAGCGGUGGCUGUUCUGCGGAAUGAAACACUUCAGGCUUUUCUGCAGGAUCGCACUCCGAACUCUUCUCCGGAGCACUGUAAGCACUCUCCGCUGGCUCUCCUGGCCGCCACUUGUAACCGGAUCGGGCACCACCACGGAUCCAACCCCGCUGAUUUCCUCCAGGUCCCUUACGACCCCACUCUGAGCUCCCCUUCGCGUUUGUUUCACCCGUGGACUAACGAGAGCAACCCUCAGAGCAGCCUGAGCAGCAAUUCCACUUUCGGACUAUCCUCCAAACCCCAGCUGUCCGCGCACCUCCAGAGCUCCUUCAGCUCCCACCACGAGCUGCCCCUCACCCCUCCGGCGGACCCGUCCUACCCGUAUGACUUCUCCCCGGUCAAGAUGUUACCGUGCUCCAUGCAGUCCACCUGUCCCCCCACGUACGUCCCCGCGGUCAGUUACGCAGCUCCAGCUCCCAUCGCGCCCGCGAUGCCAAGUUUCGUCACGGGACCCUCCGGCCUGGUACACCAGCAGCAGAGACAGUUGUCCCCAAACCCCGCUGAGGACAUCCCCUGGUGGAGUCUCCAGCAGGGGAACCACCACUCGUCGUCCCUCGGCCCCCAUCGCUUCCAGCUGCAGAGGGGCUUAGUCCUGGGACAUACGGACUUUGCGCAAUACCAAACGCAAAUCGCCGCGCUUCUUCACACCAAGUCCCCUCUGGCGACCGCGCGGCGGUGCAGGAGGUGCAGAUGUCCCAACUGCCAGUCAUCCACGUCCAGCGACGAGCCCGGCAAGAAGAAGCAACACAUUUGUCACAUACCGGGCUGCGGGAAAGUCUACGGCAAAACGUCUCACCUGAAGGCGCACCUGAGGUGGCAUUCCGGGGAGCGGCCGUUCGUCUGCAACUGGCUUUUCUGCGGCAAAAGCUUCACCAGGUCGGACGAGCUGCAGAGACACCUGAGGACUCACACGGGGGAGAAGCGCUUUGUUUGCCCGGACUGCUGCAAGAGGUUCAUGAGGAGUGACCACUUGGCAAAACACGUCAAAACGCACCAGAACAAAAAGAGCAAGUGUCACGACAAAACGCUCGACCACGUCAAAAGAGAGGACACGAGGAAUAUGUUGUAACACCUUAUCGAGUCUUUUAAAAGAAGUAGUGCAAUACCACUUAGUUAAAAAAAAAAAAGCUGCAGUUUCACUUGGAUCUUUAUUUGUGCGUUGGUUUCUUAUGAUUCCUAACAUUGCUGGUCUGUGUAGAACAUUUUUGUAUAUAUACAGUAUAUAUAUUUUAAAAAAAGUACAUUUUGGACCAUGGAGAGGUUCAGUUUUGAGAACAAGUUUUUAACUUGUGUUUGGAUCAUUGUCUUCGGUGGAAGAUUACACUGUCCUGUAAAUGAUAUUUAAUAGCUUUUGUUGAAUGAAAGUCAGUUUUUGCUCCAUAUGGGGUGUUUUAAGCAUGCUCUUGAAAAGAUCUGCUAUUGUUGAUAUGACCCAAAUGCUGUGUGAGAAUAAAGAUUAUAACAUUUUCCUCAUCU